AGUUUUACGUGACGUAGCUUUGAUCAGUGAUGCUUCGACUUACUUUGUACUUUGUUACACAUUAUUCUCGUGCAAUUGCAUAAAGAAUAAAGUUAUUCAAACAAUUUAAAGCGUAUCUCAAAAUUCGGUGCAUUGAUAAGGUUGAGACGAAGCUCCAUUAAAAGACAUAAAUUGUGAAUAAGUGAUGAAUUCUACGAAAUGACGUGAUAUUACAGCCGGUUUGGGGUGAUAAAAGACUUUGUUUACUCUUUCAUAAGUAGUAGCCCAAGUCUCAUAAAAGAUGAAGUUUGAAAGAUGAAUUUCGAUUGUUUUAACGAGUAGUUGCCCUAAUAAGACAUUUUCAAAUCUCCUGGAAUACGGCAGAUCCUACUAGAGUAUUUUUACGUUGCUCCCAAUGUACGUUGGUUUACGAUCCCAAAUUACGUUGCUCCUAACGUCGCGUUCGACACGCCAAAACGAAUGCGAGUUGAGCGCGUUGCGUGACCGAAGCCGAUGAUGCCCGGCAUCGAUCACCAAGUGACCAAAUGAUCGGCCAGUGACCCUCGCGACGCGUCCCAAGCAUUUGCUGCGCGGGCACAGUCUCGGCAAUAUCGCGAGCCGCGGAGGGAAUGUGGAUUGGUAACGCGGCAACGAGAGGUAGCAUAAGUUCCACAAAGUUCGGUACACUCGAAAGUAAGGGCCACUGAUCUACUUUGCCCGCAGACUCGGAAAGCUCCGCCGUUGGCGCGCCUUUGCAUCAGCCAUCCCGAGAGAGUCGGAAGCGCCGUGUGCAUCGCCCCCCACCCCCUUGGAUCCCGGCCGGGGAUCGCGACCAUUGCGAGCAGCCGCGUGUCUGCCGCCAGUGCCGCCAGUCGAGAUCGGCCCCAGGAUGUUCACGGGUCCUUACGCCAACGUGCGACGCUCUCGGACUUGGAGCGGCAGCGGCUGUUCCAUGUUGCUCAUCCCGAUGUUCGUCUUCGUCAUCUUAGCGCACAACGACUUGAUAUACGACGGGGUCAAUGAUGUCUACGUAUUCACGGUUGCGACAAACGAGACGGACGGCUUCCGCCGCUACGCCGACUCGGUCGAGGUUUACGGUUUCAAGGAUCGCGUCCAGGUGCUGGGCUUGGGUGAGGCUUGGCGCGGAGGAGACGUCAAACGUUACGCAGGCGGUGGUCACAAAAUCAACUUGUUGAAGGCGGCAUUUGCGGAAAACUCCCUCGCCCACAAACCUAACAGUAUCGUCAUAUUCACGGAUAGCUACGACGUGAUAUUUUUGUCACCGCUCGACAAUAUAAUUCGCAAGUUUAAGGAAUGGGAGGACACGCGUGUACUAUUUUCCGCGGAGGAGUUUUGUUGGCCGGACAAGUCACUCGCCUCUUUGUAUCCCGAGGUGAAGCGCGGCCUACGAUAUCUUAACUCGGGAGCUUUCAUUGGAUAUGCCUCCGACAUUUAUGACAUUUUAUUUACCGAAUCAAUCGAGGACACUGACGACGACCAAAUGUUUUACACAAAGAUAUAUCUUAACGCCGAGCUGAGGGAGAAGCACAAGAUCAAGCUCGAUCACAAAUCUGAAAUCUUUCAAAAUCUCAACGGUGCUGUGUACGACAUCGAGCUGCGGUUCAAGGGUAACGACGCCUACAUACAAAACACGGCUUACAACACAGUGCCGUUAAUAGUGCACGGUAACGGGGGAGCAUUGGGAAAUUACGUGGCCCAAUCUUGGAGUCUCGAGGAGGGUUGCCUCGGCUGCUGGGACAGGACGAUCGAGCUGAGCAACGAUCUCGAGCCCAACAAGUUCCCUAAGCUCCUCGUUGCCGUAUUCAUCGAGAAGCCCACGGCUUUCCUCGAGGAAUUCUUGCAGAAUAUUUUGAAUCAAGUUUAUCCGAAGCGGCGACUUCAUCUCUUUGUGCAUAAUGGCGUGCAGUACCACGAUGAAUUUAUGCAAAGUUUCAUCGAGGAGAACGGGCGGGAGUAUAAGGGUUUUAAGCAGAUUAGACCAGAGGACGAGAUUGACGAGGUCUCGGCCCGCAAUUUGGCCAUAGACUAUUGCCUCUCUAUCAAGUGUUCCGGCUACGUUUCCAUUGAUUCGGAGGCACACCUCGACAAUCAUAACACGUUCAAGCUCUUAGUGGAACAGCAGCGGGGAAUCGUGGCGCCAUUAUUGGUCAGACCACACAAAGCAUGGAGUAACUUCUGGGGCGCCAUAACCGACGAUGGAUUUUACGCGCGCAGCACCGACUACAUGGAAAUCAUUCACAACGAAAGAAGAGGCCUCUGGAACGUGCCAUUCAUCAGCAGCUGCUACCUGGUGAACGCCAGCCUCCUAAUCAACAAAGCCACGAGACCUUCGUACGAGGAAGCCGACCUUGACCCGGACAUGGCGUUUGCUUACGCCAAUCGACGCAGGGACAUUUUCAUGUACGUUACCAAUCGGCUGGACUUUGGCCAUCUCGUGACCCUCGAUCAUUUCAACACGUCACUCACGAAUCCCGACUUGUACCAGCUCUUCGAUAAUAAAUUGGAUUGGGAAAGGAGAUAUAUACACGUAAACUACUCCGAGAAUUUCAAGCCAAAGAGCGUCCCCAUUCAGCCUUGUCCAGAUGUCUACUGGUUUCCAAUUUUCACGGAGAGAUUCUGUAAGGAUUUUGUCGAUAUUAUGGAGACUUAUGGAAAAUGGUCGGACGGCUCAAAUUACGAUCCAAGGCUGUCCGAUGGCUAUGAGAAUGUGCCAACACGGGACAUACAUAUGAACCAGGUUGGCCUUGAUUCCCACUGGCUCUUCGUGCUGCGAAAUUACGUUCGACCGCUCCAGGAGCUCGUCUUUCUCGGCUACUUUCAUGACCCACCGCGUUCCCUAAUGAACUUCGUCGUCCGCUACCGACCCGACGAGCAACCGAGCCUCAAACCGCACCACGACAGCUCCACCUUCACGAUCAACAUCGCCUUGAACAAGGUCGGCGAGGACUACGAGGGCGGCGGCUGCCGAUUUAUUCGCUAUAACUGCUCGGUCACGGACACCAAGCCCGGCUGGAUGCUCAUGCACCCGGGAAGAUUGACUCACUAUCACGAAGGCCUCAAGGUCACCAGGGGCACCCGUUACAUUAUGAUCUCCUUCGUAGACCCUUGAGCUUAAUGCGCUUUGAAAUCCUCCCAGGAUGUCCUUAUUCCAGGCUCUAAAUAGAAUUUCAGCAUUAUAAUGCGCGAGCUCGAAAAUUUGUCUGUCUUGUUGAAUAUUUUACGUCUGGAUUUAAAUUUCGGGUAAUGGAAUCACUGCCUAAAAAUCACUUUAUAAAAUAUGUGGUGAUUUUUUAUCGUAAUAAGCUCGUCUUUUCCAUAUAAUUUUUAA